GUCAAAUUUGAGUUGAAUGUGCCCAACCGUUCUUAAGAUAAUGAACGGAAACUGAUGAUGACGGAAUGACAGAAUGACGGAAGGACGGAAGGACGGAAGGAUGGAAGGACGGAAGGACGGAAGGACGGAAUGACGGAACAGGGUAACACUAUAUGCCCCGGCCAUUACAUGGCGGGGGCAUAAAAAAACACCUCAUUGAAUUCAUGCACUAACCAACUUCGAAAAAUGAAUAAAGACAACAAUGCCUAAAACGCGGACCAAGCUAUGUGCUAGGUCGGUGACUCGGUAUAGAAUGAUUGGCGGCCAAACCAUACUGCAUCUUUUUUGACAAUUCUUCAGAUAUGUACCUAAAAUAGUUGCAACAUUUUUAGCAGAUUUUGCUUACUUAACAUUCUAUUGAAAACAAGAAAGCUGUGUGUUUGUGAAACAGCAAUGCUUCCUCAGGGUCUUGUCCCAAACAAAAACAUGGAGUUUCUACAAAUGAGGUCAAAGGUCAAGGUCACAGCACCUUGAAAAUGGUACGCGACACUCCGCCAUCCCAUGAUGUAGUGACACACUAAAUUUGGUAUCCCUAGCCGAUGUGGUAUAGGAGAUAUGCUCCGGACAAGGUUUUUCGGGACGGACACACAGACAGACGGACAGACUCACGGUGCGAUUACUAUAUGCCUCACACAAAGUGGAGGGACAUAAAAAAUUGACAUCAACGUAUAAUAUCUCACUAGGUUUUUAAAUAUCCAACCAAAAUUUGUCAAAUGAGAGAAAAAUCUCACAAAUCCUGAUCAAAAAUGAUCCCUAUUUUACUUCCAAAUUUGACUAAGCGAUGACGUAAUUAUCAAAUCAAGCGUUUUUAUGAUGCAUAGAUCUGCAAAAAUGGGAGUUAUGUUGUGCAUUACCUUGUUUAAUAAUUGUUGAAAUAAUACAAUAAAAUCCCCUAUUUCAAUAUGGGGGGGGGAGACAUAAUCAUCACUUCAAUAUAUCUGAAUAUUCGCCAAACCUUACAACGGGGCACGAAUCCCCGGGUAAACAGUGCAUGUUGGUUGGGGCAUGUCUCUGUUCGAAACGUCCUGUGGACGAAAUGAAACCCGUGAUCAUAACAUCAAGAGGUCGAAUCUUUAACCAAUCAAUAGUUAAAAUUCAUUUGAGCAUGUCAAUUAUUUUUUUCCCAUUUGACUUCGUAAUAAAGUUAAUAUACAAAGGGCCAAAAACAAAAUACGCUUACCACCAACACACAAGAUGACGAAUGCCCAUUGUCCAGGAUAACCAGGAUACACCGCCAGCCCUAUAUCACCAGUGUUGUACAUAUCAUAGCCUUUCUUUGGUUCAACUAUGUGUUUUAAAUGGUGUACAGAAAGUCUGUUUCCAUCGUUUGUCCACUUCAUAACCGAAAAAUUGUUGCGCGAUAUGGACGAAUGCACCGCCAUUUUCGUCUGUGAUGAUAGAAAGAGGCUGGUCGUUGCUGAUUGGUCACAUUGUGCGGGAGCGGUAAAAUAUUAUAUUUAUUUAUUUAUAUUUUGUGUUUACUUUGUGUUUUGAUUUAUACUUUUGGAAGUUUAUUAGGAAAAAUGUCAAAAAGAUUGCUGUAAUACACAAAAUGUUCGUUAAAGAAAAAAAUUAGUUUGUUACAUUCGGCAUCCCUCGCCAAAUUCCGGAUGCUUUGGGAAGUGGCGGAAAAGGCCGAGUAGUUACGAUUGACGCUUUGAAAAAGAAAGUUGGGUCAAAUACACCCUUGAACUUCGUAAGUUUGAUUAUGAUUGUACUGACUGGUAGUUUGAGGCCUCCAAACAGUUGGUGAGCAGCGAAAGUCACCUGUUAUAUAUCAACAAUUGUACUGGAUCAAUUUUAUGUAUUGAGGUCAUUUUCUGUAGUUCCGACGUUUCCGGAAAUUGUUGAGCUUCCGGUUACGAAAUUGAAAAGUUCCAACGCAUUUGUAGGCCUCUCACAGCGGCAUCACUUUCCAUGAUGGAAGCAUUAUCUGAAUGCUAUGAACAGCAAAGUCUUGAUGGUGUCGAAGUUUAUGUGUGUUUGUUGUGUGGGAGGUCCCUGUCAAGAAAGCAAAGAAUUCAGUCUCAUCUAGUCAGCAUUCACAACAGAAGUCCAGUAAAGGAACGUAAAAGAUAUCGUGAAGAUGAUUCUGUUCCAGUACCAAAGAGAACACUUCGUAGGUGGAAGAAAGAUGUUAAACAGCCAUUGACAAACACACCAGAAAGCUCAGUUACACCAGAAAGCUCAGUUACAGAAAGCUCAUUUACACCAGAAAGCUCAGUUACAUGUGAAAGUAAAUUUUCCGAGGAAUGUAAACUUUUGGAGGGUGUGGAAUAUGACUUAACAAACUCUCCAUGUAGUACAGAAGCUCUGUCUGAAACAGUUUAUGGGGAUGAAUUUCUUAGCAGUAGUGACUCAGACUCCUAUUCUGAUCAUGAUAGCUUGAAUGAAACAAGCAGUGAGUGUGAUGCAAACUUGUCUGGGUCUGAUUUUUCAGAGUUGGAUGAUUUUGAGACAGAAGGUGAACAUGCAGAGACUGAUGAUGUCAGUAUGAAGACAUUAUCCGUGCACGAGUCACAAGCCUUUUGUCUCGUGUCAUACAUACUAAAAUACAAUCUGUCAGCUUCUGCUGGGAAGGACCUUUUACAACUAUUACAGACCUUGUGUCCUGAAAGUCAAUACUUCAGAAAGCUUAAAUAUGAGGAGAUGUUCAGCAGCAUUAGUAAAAACGAACCUGAAGUAAUCCACUACUGUUGUUUUUGUAACAAAAGAUUUCCAGAUGAUCCUGAUGAUUUCCGGUGCUCAAUAGGUGAUUGUCCUGGAUUGAGAUACAUUGGCCCAAUAUCAAGUCAGACAAUGUCAAACAGGCAGGCUAGAUGUUUUUUUAUCAUUGCUGAUGUGGAAAGUCAGCUGUGUAGUCUGAUAGAAAGAAAUAAUAUCUGGGAUGAGAUACAGAGAACUAAACAAUCUAUAAAUGUUAAUGAGACUCCUUCACACAUUACUGAUAUUAUAGAUGGAGAAGCUUACUUAAAGCACUGUCAGCCUGGAGGAUGUCUCCAUAGUGAAAAUGCUGUAAGUGCCAUUUUCAAUACUGAUGGUGUACCUUUGUUUAACUCGAGUAAGGUAAAACUUUGGCCAAUUUUCAUCUGUAUCAAUGAGUUGCCACCAGCGCAGAGAUUUGCACGAGAAAAUACAAUUCUAGCAGGUCUCUGGCAAGGAAAGGAUAAGCCACCAUUUUUUCAGUAUAUAGCAGCUUUCGGUGAUGCAGUGUCUAAGCUACACAGUGAUGGAAUCUCUGUUCAACCACCAGGUCUGUUCACUACAGUAAAUGUGCGGCUGACAGUAUUAUUGGCUUCUGUGGACCUCCAAGCAAAAGCAUAUGUUGCCAAUAUGACUAUGCACAAUGGGGAUUAUGGUUGCAUAACAUGUGAAGAAAGAGGUUUAAAUGUGAAACACGGAAAAGGAUAUAGCCAUUGUUACCCAUAUAGACCAAGAAUAGAAAAACCUCCAAUGAGAGAAUCCGAUGACCUGAAGUAUGUAAAAGGAGUUCAGGCUUCUAGAAAGGAGAGAAUAAUGGGGAUAUGUGGCCAUUCUGGACUUAUGGCACUUGAAUAUUUUGAUAUGGUUCAAGGUGCCGUUCCGGAUUAUAUGCAUGGAGUAUUACUGGGCGUCACAAAAACUUUGAUGAGUAAAUGGUUCUCCUCCACACAAAGUGGAAAGCCUUUUUUCAUAGGAAAACACUUGAACAAAAUCUCAAAACGUAUGGGUAAAAUUCAACCACCUGAUUACAUAGAAAGAAUUCCCAUGAAUCUAGAAAAAAAUUAUACUCACUUCAAAGCAACAGAAUUACAAACCUGGCUUCUGUACUACGCACUUCCAUGUUUGAAAGGUUACCUGCCAGAUGUUUAUUUGGAACAUUUUUCAUGUUUAUCAGAAGGAAUUCACAUUUUGCUUCAAGACAAAAUAUCACAGUUAGAUUUAGAUAGGGCAGAAACACUUCUAGAAAGGUUUUAUGAAGAUUUUUGUCAGUUGUAUGGGCAAGGUUCGUGUGGAUUGAAUGUUCACAAUAUUGGCAGCCAUUUAGUGUAUUAUGUCAGACUUUGGGGUCCAUUAUUUGGAUGGAGUUGUUUUGGAUUUGAGGAUUCUAAUGCAGAUUUGCUGAACACAGCUCAUGGUACAGGAAAUGUACUAAAGCCAGUACUAAAGAUGAAGCAUGCUCAGUUCAGAAUUUGGAGCUUGGAUAUUCCUAGUUAUGUAGAAGGUCCAGAAAUGCAUUUUCUAUCACGAAUGGUUCCGAAAUGGAGAAAGCGAUGGCAAAAUUUAAAAAAAUUUAAAAAUUGCUACAUUAGUGGUGCUGUAACAUCUUGUGAAUUUGAAAAUCCGGACAGAGAGUUUAUCUUAAAUAGAACUCAAGCUGUAUCUGUGAAAGAUUUAAAGAAAGUGAAAAGAGUUAAAGUCCGUAGUCAAUACCUGUAUUCCAAGGAAUAUUCAAGGAUGAAUAAGAGAAUCUGUUAUGUUGUUCUUUGCAGUAAUAAUAAUUCUUACAGUGUAGAAUAUUUCCUUUUAAAUGAAGUUUCUGGUAUUGUAUAUGCUGUUGGACAUGCGCUUGAGGUGCAAGAGCCACAACAUGUUUGCCAGGUUGCUGGUCAUCAUCUGCUUGUAGUAAAACCAACUUUGGAUGUUGACAUUUUUGAAGUGGACACAAUAAAGGAGAAACUUUUUUAUAUCACACCUGACGAGAGAUUGUGUGUAAUAGCAAAGAUGCCAAACCAGUAUGGUCAUGGUGUUUUUAAAUGACUAUUCAUUACUGUGAAGAAGACAAUGUUUUAUGAACUGUGGUAAUUGCACAGUCUGAUUUUUGUCUGCUAUACAAAUGUAACUUUGUGCCAAUUGUAAUUGUUUUACUUGGUUUCAGAAGUUACAUGUACUUUAAUUACUCGUAAGCUUUAGGUCUUUAAACUUGAUACAAACGUGUACAGUCAAACCUUUCUAGAGCGGUCAUUGAAAAAGGUAUCAUGACAACUAUUUUGGACAGGUGGUCACUUAAUGCAAAACAAAAGUAAUGCAGAAAGCUCUUUGAGAGCUUUCUGUAUUACUUUCAUUCUGCUUUAAGUGACAACCUGUCUUAAAUUACCACACAGUCCUACUUUUUAAGUGGCCGCUCAAUACAGGUUUGACUGUAUAUUGGUCAUGACUGGAAGCUAAGCCCUGUUGUAAGUCACUUCCACUUUAAAUAAUAAUUUUAAAGAUUAUUGUUGACCAUGAAUCAUGGGCAAACAAAGACAUUAAACAUGUUGUUUUAUGUCUUUGUUUGCCCAUGAUUCAUGACUCCUGACCAUCAAUCAUAGCCGGUCAAGGACAAUACAUAAUUCAGGAAAAAACGAAAUCUGAUGUCAGUAUUAUGUAUUCAUUUCUAUUUUAAAGUUAAAAAAAACAACAUAAAUUGUAUAAUGCAUUGUUUAUAUUAAGUAUGUGAAAUAUUUAUGCUUGACUGUGAUUCAGGGUCUAGUAAUUACUGUUGACCAUGAAUCAUAUUCAAACAAAGACUCUUGAUCAUGAAUCAUAGUCAGUCAUGGACAAUACAUAAGGUGUACACCGUACUCACGGUGUUGCAUGCUAAACUGCUUAGAGUUUCAAAUUGUUGUAUUUUAAGUAAGAAACAGACACUAUUUGUGCAAUGCAACAUUUAUUACCAAAUGUGUUUCUACUGUUUAAGAUUGACCUUGUUUCAUGGUCUGGAAAACAUGGUCAUUUACCACAGUCAGACCAUAGUCAAAUCAUGGUCAAUCAUGGUUAUAAUCGACCAGAGUCAAAGUCUGAACGAACAACAUAGACAACCAUGUUUUGACCAUGUUUAACCAUGGUCAAACUUGAUUCAAGGUUCACAUUUCACAGG